AUGUCAGACCUCUCAGGGGCACGUUCGCCCGCCCCUCCUCCCCCGCCGCCGCCGACCCAGAAGUACUCACGCGCUGCGAACGCACCAGGAGAACCUCAGACAGUCACUCACCGAACCGGCAUUGCGAUCGCCGCACUUGAUAUCUCGCCGCAGCGGACACAUGCGGUGAUCGGAGGCAAGGAUAUUCUCAAAACCAUCCGCGUCUCGCCUGAUCAUUCAUCGGAGGAAUUUAAUAUUCGCAACACUGUCAUCAGCUAUGCAUCCACCCACCAUGAUGCGGGCGUGUCGAUGCCGCAUAAGGACCAGUUGAAUGUGAAGGACGUCAAGUGGUCACAUGGUAAUUACGACCGAACAAUCGCUACGGCUGUCGCCAAUGGCCGGGUCGUCAUUUACGACCUGCAGCGGCCCGGCCUCCAAUUAUGUCGUUUCCAGGGCCACAACCGCCAGGUUCACCGACUGGCCUUCAACCCUCACCUCGCAUCUUGGCUGCUGUCCGGCAGCCAAGAUGGUACAAUUCGGAUGUGGGAUUUACGAUCCGCCUCUGCGAAUCGGGGGCCUUCCACGUGCGGCAGCAAGCAUGUUUAUCAGGGUAAUAGCGAUGCCAUCCGGGACGUCCGGUGGUCUCCCACCGACGGCGUCGUGUUUGCGACCGCCUCGGACAGCGGCGCCAUUCAGAUGUGGGAUUCGCGCAAGACCAACGCCCCGCUCAUGAGGAUUGCGGCUCACGAUCGUCCGUGUUUCGCUGUUGAUUGGCAUCCUGAUGGCAAGCAUAUCGUCAGUGGUGGUACAGACCGCCAAGUCAAGGCCGUUACCAACGUCCGCUGGCGGCCACCUUCAUGGGUGGGUGACUCGCCCGCCUCGGGAGAGUGGCAGUCCUCCCAGAUUGUCACGGCCUAUGACAAAGAGGACCCGCGCAUCCACCUAUGGGAUCUCCGCCGCCCACAUAUGCCAUUCCGGGAGUUUGACCGAUAUGAUGCACCGGCCACGGACCUGCUCUGGCAUUCCAAGGACUUGCUAUGGACCGUCGGAGAGGCCGGGGCAUUCACACAAACAGAUGUUCGGUAUUCUCCAACGGUCAUCAAGCGUCGCCCCAUGUGCUCGGUCGCUUGGAGUCCCAAUGGUGAGUUUGUGGCCUUUGGCCAGAGACGACUGAGGCGGCAACCUCCCAACGUCAACGCCACUCAAUCUCUUCCCUUCGAUGAUGACGACCAGUUUAGCACUGGUGAUAAAUCAUUGAGCCAAAGCCCAGCAGACGAUUUCCUUGACGAAGCUGUCCUUGCAUCGUCCUAUCGGCCGCGGCAAGUCAAACCUCCCACGACGAUCUCCGGAUCGAAAUCGCUCGGCAACACCCCACCCGGAACCGUGGACAACAUCCCCGUUCUCGACCUCGAAGAAGCUUUAGCCAAGAUCUCCACCCCCACCCCCAGUCAGAUUGGGACUAUCGGAAGCAUUCCUGGUGCCACGAACAAUGCAUCCGUCUUCCGAUUCUUGGCGCGGAACUACUCGCCGCUGAUGGAUGGAAACAUUCAUAACCAAACUCAUGUAGACGUAUUGAAUUCUCUAAUGGAGUCUCUCGACCAUAAUGCGGAGCGUGCGGAUGACGUUUCUCUCCCGAAGCUCGCCCAGACCUGGCGGAUUGUAAAAUUCGCCGUCAUCCAAGAGCUCCAACGCAGGUCGAGGGAGCAACCUGCAGGGAAAGGUACCACGAACAGCAGGCAAUCCAAAGAUGGACUCUUGUCAGAGAAGGCCCAAUUGACAGUAGAUGAAAACCGACAAGGGAAAGUCAAGAGUCGGUUGUUCAAGGGUGUUAUGGAAACGGAGGGCCAGAGAGGACUCACUCCAGAAGCCGAAAGUACAUCGAACAUGACUACACCACUUGCGCAACCGUUACCCGAUUCACCAAUGGACUCUUGGACGGACAGUGAUUCUCAAAUUCCGUCCAUCAGUGAAAAUGCCAUCGAUCUCGAUCCACUCCCACCGUCCGUUUUAAGCUCUCAUAACGGCUGGGGCAUGUCGGGCCCCGAAGUCCCCGCCCCUGCAGAUCUCCGACAAGAACAAUCCGUAACUUCUAGCGAAGGGAUAUAUGCUUCGGGUCAACCUAUUGACUACCUGCGGGAGCCAGGGCUGACAGACCCGGAGAGUGAUCAAAGAUCUGCACCCAGAGCUAUCGCGGGGAGAUCAGACUGGCGCCGUCGAGAUACUCCGGGGUUGCUACGACAAGCAUCGGAAGACGACUAUGACCAGCAGAUGGAAGACAAACGGGCCGCAAUCCGCGACUUCAAGCAAACCCCAAAGAAACGGCAUGACUCCUCGGAGAGCUUUCCAAUGUUCUCCGCUUCUACGGACAGUUCACAGCCCUCCAAAUCUCUAGGAGGCUCGUUCUCCUCUAAUGUGCAAUUUUCUGACCGCCGAAUAUCGGAUGGAGGCCAAGCUAGUGGUUCCUUUAACGGUAGACGGCUUUCUUCUCUCGUGAGACGAGAAUCUACUCUAGAGCCUACCCAGGAGGAGCUUGAGGAUAGUUUGGAACUUGAAGAAUGUGUCCUGGAGGAGGAUGGUGGCCAUCUUGAGCGACCGUCUAGCCCUGCACCGCUAAUGAAGGAGUCGACCCCCUUCAAACACCCGGAAAGCGAUGAUUACUUCAAAUCUUCAAGAAAUGGUCUUUCCACAGGCGCAGCGGCCUAUCCUGCUGUUGCCGGGAUUCGCGAAGAUAUUUCUCAAGUGAGACUUCCGCUUACGCUCGAUGCAUCGGACCCAAAGCCAUGGAGCAUCGAAGCUAUUUUGAAGGAGGCAGUGCGCUAUUAUCAUAGCAGCAGUAGCUCUGUGGACAUCCAAACCGCUGCCCAUUUGCUCCACAAGCUUCAUAUCAUAUUCGAAGACUGCGAUGACAUCCUUCCAUAUGAAGAGAGCGAGAUGAUCUUCAAAACCUACAAUGAUUUCCUGAUCCGCCACUCACUGGACCUGGAGGCUGCAGAGCUUCGUCUGUCAUGUGUGUCCAAGUAUUCUGCUGUCUAUGACUAUGCCCAGGCGGACACUUUCAUAAAUGUCUUUUGCCACUCCUGCCGUCGACCUUACGAGAACCCCACACGCGACAACACACGAUGCCAUCGUUGCAACACCCCACAAUCACCUUGCGCCAUCUGUUCAAGCAUCGACCCGCCUCCUGAAUGGGUUGCAGCUGAAUCCCAGCAACGCUCAACUCAAGGCCCAAGCAUGACCACUUCUGAAACCGACGCCGAUACUAUUUCACGCCUCUCAUCAGUAUCUUCAGUCCCCACUGAGCCUGUUCCUGCCAACGAGCUCGAUGCUCUCAAUCAUUUCGCCACGCCUAGGCCAAAAGGCUCGGCUCUUUGGUCAUGGUGUCAAGGUUGUGGUCAUGGCGGCCAUGUCACCUGCAUCACCACCUGGCUCAGCGAUCUUUCUAUGAGUGAGGGCGGCUGCGCCACACCCGGCUGCAUGCAUGACUGCGGGCCCGGGCCGCGUCGCGAAUCCAACCGGCAGAUCCUCCUUACCGAGUCAAAGCGUCGCGACUCCGUCAGCCGUUCUUCCGGCGUGGGUCUCGUGAAACGAGAUCCUUGGUCGAAGGGUGAGAGCAAGGCCGUUGAGAAGGUUCGAGGCAUGCUCGGGGCGGCAGGUAUCGCUGCCGCGACAGGCCAAAACAGUGCUGUGUCCAAUGCAUCGGGAAACUCCGCUGCUACUAGCCAGAGCGCUCUUUCUUCUGGUGCUGUUUCGCCCAAAAAGGUGAGGCUUGUCACGCCUGACGAACAUGGAAGACGAAGAGGGCCUUCAAGUCGAACCAAUGCUGCACCGCAAGAGUAG